UUGAUUUACCACUGCCUUUGGCUCACUAUAUCAGCCUCUACUCCUCCCGGAUCUACUCCCACCUCCUACUCUUGACUAUCCUUCUCUCUUAAAACAUAAAAAUUCAGUUUUUAACUCGUAUUUCUUGUCCAAAUUCAAGACAAGACCAGACCAUGUUUUUACCUCGCAAUUAUGGGCCUUGGCUUCUCUUGUUCCUCCUUAUUUCUCCUACCUUGUUUUCUCCUUCCAUGUCUCACCUUGAUUCCCGUUGGGCAGCUAAGAAGAGACACAUGAGAGAGAAAGUUAGAGAGAUGUUCUAUCAUGCAUAUGAAAACUACAUGACACAUGCGUUCCCGCAUGACGAGCUGAAGCCACUUACUAAAAGCUUCACUGACUCUCUUAGCGAGCUAGGAAAUUUGAAGCUUGAACACUUACCGCAAGACUAUAAUGGAUCUGCCCUUACUCUUAUUGAAUCAUUGUCCAGCCUGGUUAUCAUGGGUAAUAACACAGAAUUUGAGCGGGCAGUUAUUUGGCUAUCUGAAAAUCUGACUUUCAAUAUUGAUGCGAGGAUAAAUCUUUUUGAGUGCAACAUAAGAGUUCUUGGAGGACUUAUUUCUGCUCAUAUUCUUGCAACUGAUUCUACAAACAGGUUGGUUCACGGAUCUUACAAGAACCAGCUGCUUAAUCUUGCUGAAGAUUUGGGGCGGCGCUUUUUACCUGCUUUUGAUACACCCACAGGGUUACCAUAUGCCUGGAUUAACUUAAAGUAUGGAGUAAUGGAAAAUGAGACUACGGAAACGAGCACUUCAGGGUGUGGUUCUCUGAUUCUUGAAAUGGGAGCAUUAUCACGAUUAACUGGUGACCCCAGAUACGAAUCUGCAGCUUUACGUGCUCUACGUAAAUUAUGGAGCAUGCGUAGUUCCUUAAAUCUACUAGGAACAACACUGGAUGUGAUAACUGGGGAAUGGAUUGAAUAUUCAUCUGGCAUUGGUGCUGGGGUUGAUUCAUUCUAUGAGUACCUAUGCAAGGCUUAUAUUCUUUUCGGAAAGGAGGACUACUGGAGAAUGUUUCAUUCUGCUUAUCUUGCAGUACAGAAGUAUUUCAGACAUGGUUCAUGGUACCAUGAAGCUGAUAUGAGGACAGGAAAAGCAACAUAUUGGCAGCUUACAAGCCUUCAAGCCUUUUGGCCUGGUUUACAGGUUCUUGUGGGGGAUAUUGGAGCUGCUAAUUCAUCACACCGUGAGUUUGUUUAUGUCUGGGAGAAAUUUGGAGUUCUACCGGAAAGGUACUUGCUGGACCAUCAGAUGUUGCAUCCUACUGAAAAGUAUUAUCCUCUGCGGCCAGAGUUGGCAGAGUCCACAUUUUACCUAUAUCAAGCAACUAAAGACCCAUGGUACAUACAAGUUGGUGAAUCAAUUGUUAACUCUCUUAAUUCAUACACCAAAGUGGAAGGAGGAUUUGCAAGUGUUAGAGAUGUGACAACCAUGCAGUUGGAAGAUCAUCAGCAUAGCUUCUUUCUUGCUGAAACGUGCAAGUAUUUGUAUCUUCUCUUUGAUGAUUCUUUUUUGGUUGAUCGGAAUUAUAUUUUCACAACUGAGGGUCAUCCUCUUCCGAUAUUAAGUUCUUGGCAUGAGAGGCUUCCAGAGACAUACAUCCCUACCAACUGGACAUAUGCAAAGAGUGAACAGCCAACAAGACCAGCGAGUGCAAUGUCUCUGCAAGUCUGUCCUGCAACAGCUUUGAGGUCAGGAUAUGCUGUCCAACAGAUUGAGAGUGCAUGCCACGUCCCUGAUUCUCGUGGGGACCAUAGGUGUUUCAGUGAUGAGGAAUGUGGAGUUGACUCAACUAAUUGUAGAAGAAGGUCAUGCAGCAUGGCUGGUUACUGUGGGUUGUGGAUCUAAUGAUCUCAGAGAUAUAACCAGGUAUUCUUUCUAGCAAGACAUAAAAUUAUGGAAAGAUUGCUCUACAAGAAAGUUGGUGGCGAGAUAGGCUAUUUCCUCAGUUUGUAAGCUGCCUAUGAUAGAUGGAAACAGGGAAAAGCAGAAGGCAUAGAAACACAGGUUAUAGAAAUUGCAAGAUAAUGCAGACAUGCGAUGUCAUAUAAUUCGAAAAUGUUCCUUUAGAUCGUGGCAAUUUAGCCAGCAUAUCGUCCUUGAAUCCAUGAUUCGAAUUUUGAUUGAUUGCUUAACAAAGAGAAAGAAUCUGAUUUCAAUCAUGGUUGUGAUGAGAUUUAGAUAUAGUGAUGCUGAAACCUUAUGCAGCAAAAUCAGACACAUUGAGAAAUUCUUGCUCUUAUUUUGAUGCUCUUGUGCCCAUAGGUCAUGGGAAUUGGAAUAAACUUUUGAUUAUUGAAUGAAAAAUAUCACGUACCUAUGUCAUUGUUUUA